AUGGAUAAUGCAAUUGUAAAAAUUACAAAAUUACCGUAUUCGCAGUUUCGUGUAACAGCUGAUAAAGACUACCCUGUUAGAACGAGUAAAAAUGGAACAGAUGACAUUACCAAGGAGAAGUUUAACGUCGGCCUUCCGUUUCGCGGAAGAUCUACUUAUAACAUAUUUCAUUUUUCGUCGCGUCGCUCUAUUUUUGCGCCCACCAGUUUUCUAGCUGCUUUACCAGACGUGGACGAUGUCUUUAUACCGGGGUGGAAAAGCUUCGGUACCUCAGGUGUCCGUCGUCCGCCGUGCGAGAUAUCAGUCAGCAUGGAGGAAGACGAGCAAAAGAUGGCCGUGAUGCGAAAAGCAUUUCAAAUGUUCGAUACCACCAAGAGCGGCCUGAUCGACACCCUGAAAAUAUCAACGAUAUUGAACACGAUGGGUCAGUUGUUCGACGAUGCUGAUCUGAAUGCUAUAAUAGCGGAGAACGAUCCGGAAGGGACCGGAAAAGUGAACUUCGAUCAAUUCUGCAGGAUCGCUGGUCGAUUCCUGGAAGAGGAGGACGCUGAAGCGAUGCAAGAGGAAUUGAAAGAAGCUUUUCGUUUAUACGAUCGCGAAGGAAAUGGAUACAUUACGACGGCUACCUUGAAGGAGAUUCUUGCUGCUCUCGAUGACAAACUUACUAGCGCGGAUCUUGAUGGUAUAAUAGCUGAAAUUGAUACCGAUGGAUCCGGCACGGUUGACUUCGAUGAAUUCAUGGAGAUGAUGACUGGAGAGUGAUGACGUUCUGAAAGCAAAGGACAGUCUAUGUUAAAAUUAUUAAUUCGGCGUUCUUUUUGAUCCUAGUGUCUUCAAAUUUGUUUAAUAAAACUAUGACUUAAAGGCAA